AUGUCUUUGAAGUUGCUCAGCUCAACGUUCAUGCGAACUUAUAUGUACCUGAAACUUAUGGAUGAAAAACCGAAUGAACAGCAGACCAACAGUUCGUUUAAAAAAUUAACGACGACAAAAACAAUUUCCUCACCGACAUCGUUAUCGCCGAGCACUGCCACUUUGAAGUUGAAACCGUCGCUGCUCACCCCACCGACGAUCGACGAUUACCUCCCUACGGACCACCCCCUCCUCCCAUCCCCCACUCCAUCUGCCAAAGUACUCGCCCAAGCCGCCUCGCAUUCACUUGACAGCACUGCAGAAAACACCUUCUCUCCAUCUUCAACAUCAUCUUCAUCUUUCCAUCCCAGAGCCACCGGAUACAGACACAGCUUCCACCGAAGACACAACAGCGCCAAACAGCGGGGACAUAUUGGUUCUAACUACCCCACUUACUACAAUUACCGUUACGACGACAGCUGCUCAACAGACACAAUUGACAAAGUUGAAACAGAAAUUGAUCAAACGUUACAAUUGCACGCCUACGAUACGCCGACUUCCGUUUUGGCAGCAAGAAGGUUGUCGAAAACUCCCAGCCCGAAACCGAGCAACAUGUAUUACGAUAAACAGCAGAGGAACAGUAUCUUCAUCAGCGGCAACAAUGGUUACAACAACGCCACGAGCAACAGCUCACGAACAAGUUUUACUGGAUGCAACAUAGACGAACAACAGAUACAACAAACAGCACAACAGUUAGAACAGCAGCAGCAGCAGCAGCAACAGCAGCAACAAAUUGUUCUGCAACAACAUCAGCAACUUCAAAGGAACAGAAGCAGGUCUCGAUCGAACACGAUAUCACGUGAGAACAGCCGCAAAAGUUGUUGCUCGAAACGUCCUACUUGCAACACUAACGACAUCAACCGACGUUUCUCUUCAACAUCUUCAACAACUUCUCAACAACUUUGCUGCUGCGAUUUUGAUGAUGAAUACGAUAGCGAUGAUGUGAGAUGCAGGAGUGCUGGCUUCUGUGGAUCGGUCUGCACCAAAACAUUCCUCAUCACGAUCAACUUGACUUUCUUCGUUAGUAUAUUGUUGUUUAUAUAA